AAAAAAUUUAAAAUGGCAGAAGCUACACCUGAAAUGACAUUAUAGAUAUAUGCCUAAGCACUUGAAAAUUUGGAGAAAGCAUAUGAAAUCUUGCAUACUCCUUAUUCCAAUUUUAUGGUUGAGAGCACAAAAAUCUUAGUAUCACCAGAUUAUCCAGUUGAAAUAAGAAUCAAUAUUGGUGUAUUGUUAAGGAAUAUUUUAAUUGAAUAAUGGGAGUUGAUUUAGCCUUGUCGUAAAAUAAUACGUGAACUUCUUUUAAAUGGGUUAGUUAUGAAUGUGUCAAACAUGCCUAUCAUAGAAUUGAUUGUAAUCUAAAAUUAAUACAUAUAAGUCAUCAAUAAUAGUAUCCAUAAUUGUAUUAGAUCCAAGUCACAUAUGGCCAAGUCCAUUGAUGGAACUUUUAAAUUGGAUGGAUGAUAUAAAUGCAGUUGAAUCUAGUUUAGAACUCUUCUUAUAAUUAUUUGGUAAAUUGAGUGAGACAAAUGGAGAGUACUAGAAUUUAUUGAAAGAAAUAGUUCCUUCAGUUCUUGAAAAAGGCUUUGGUAUAUUUGCAUAACCAGAAUUAAAUGAAAUGUUAAGAGAAAAAAUAUUAUUGAUGGUAUAUCUUGUAUUAAGAUCAAUAUCUUUUGCUGAUGGAACUGACAAUUCCGUAAUUAACAAAUGUUUGGAUAAUACAUUCUAAAUAUGGAUGGUAUCAAUUAUAUAUAUAUAUAUAGUCAUUAUUUUUAUCAGCCUUAUAAACAUCACCAAAAUCACAUAUCUUUAUCAAGAAAUUGGUUUUAAAAAUAUUGAUAGUAAUUUUUAGAGAUUUUGGAGUCUAUAGUAGAAAAUCUCUCGCUCUUUCUUUAAUUCCAAUAUGGAAAUUUUUUAAUUCGAUAACAUAAUUAUAUAUAGGACAUAUAGUGUAUCAAAUAGAUGUGGAACAUCUUGAUUCAUUGUUUGGAGAAGAAAACAAAGAAUUGCCAAUUAGCAAUUAAAGAAUCAUCAAUUUAAAAAAUGGUAAAUUAAUGUAAAGUAUAUUAUGUUAGAUAUUGAAUAUAAAUAUUUGAAUGAAGAUGAUGAUUAUGAAAAUCAUAUUGAAGGAUUAUGUGCAUAUUCUAUAGAGUUGAUUACUAUUUUAGUUACAAAACCAGCUCUUUAUAAUUUAAUUAAAUUUGGAACAUUUCCAUUACUAAAUACUUUAUCCACAUUUUUGACUGCAACUAAAGAAUAAGAAAAAUAAUGGAUUAAAGAUCCAAGUUAUUUUAUAUUAAAUGAUGAAGAAGAAUUACUAUAAAAGAGUGUUAGAACUUUGGCUUUGAAAUUAAUCAAUGAUAUGAUAGAGAAAUAUGGUGAUCAAUUUAUUCAAUAAAUUCUUAUUGUUGGUGAAAAGUUAAUCUUGAAUAGAGAGGAAAAAGAAUUUAUCGAUUUGGCAUAGUCCAUAAUUUCUAAAUUAAAUUUCUAAGAACUAAAAGGAUAAUAAUCAAAAGAUUUUGAUCAAGAUAGUGUUAUGCAAUUUAUGAAAGGUUCCAUUAUCACUAUUAAUAAUAAUCAUUAUCUGAAAUCAUUCAUUUAAAAAAGAAAGGAAGCUGGUUAUUUAAUGUUGGGAAGUUUUUCAGAAGACAUAAUUGUAUUUUAAUAGAAGCAUUAAAGCACUUUUGAUAUAAAAAAGUGUAUGUAAAAUAUACUUUAUGAAUUAGAAAAAUAAAGUAUAUACUAAAUAUAUUUAUAUAUUAUUAGAUUCUCACAGUUUAUAAGCAAGAGCUAUUUGGAGUACAACAAGAUAUUCAGAUUUAAUUAGUCAUUAAUUCAAAGAAUUAUUUGUACCUCUUUUUGAAUCUGUUAUUAUUUAUUUAGAUUCAAAAUAUCCAAUUACUUUGAGAAUUAUUUCAGUCAAAGCUUUAGGAAAGUAAGAGAAUGUUUAUAUUUUAGUUAUGCUUCAAAAAUUCAUAAAUUUAAUAUACCUUUUGAAUAUAAAUAAGAGUUUAUGGAAUCAGUGUUAACUGUUCUUUAAGAAGCAACUCAAGAUUAAAUGAUUUCUAUUUUAGAAUCAACAAUAAAUUUAGUUAAAUUCUCAUCUACUUUGGCUACUACUUUAGCAAAGAAUGGAUCUAAAGUUUUACUAUAGUUUUUUAGUGUUUUCCAUUCAGAAUAAUGUGUUAUUAAACCAUUUAAUGAAUUAAUAGUUAGAAUAUGUUAAUGUAAAGAGGCUUAUCCUCAUAUUUUUGAAGUACUUGUGAUUAUUUAUUGAAGGUUUUUUGUCCAUUCAUUUUAGAUUGUUUUUAGGUAUUCUAUGAAGAUGUACAUAAAAUAUAAGAUAAAAGUAAGAUUAAAUAAAGUGAUAUAUCAUUGAUGAGUGCUAUCAUGAAUAUUACAUCAACAUUUAUUAAAUUCUGUUCAGAUAGUAAGGCUUAAGAUGCUUUUAUUAAUUUAUUACCUUCAAUGGUUAAUUUAAUAUUGAUUAAUGAAGAUCCUUAAUUACAAGUUCAUACUAGUUAAUGUCUCAAGAAUUUUAUUAUUAUUGAAACUGGAUAAAUUUUAAAAAUGUAAUCUAUUUUAAUAUAAAUUUAGGAAUUUAGUUUAAGAUGUAAUGAAAGUAAAUUUAAAAUUAUUGGAAGUUCCAUAAAAUUCUGCUAAUGAAUCAGCUUCAUUAUUUGCAGGCAAUUUAGUUAUGAUUACUAUUAAUAAUCUAUUAGAUGGAAAUCCUGAUCUUAAUUUACUGAAAGCAGUUGUUUUUAAAAUUUAUAGGUCUAGAAUGCCAUCAACCGUUUAAUCUUUAGUUUUAGUUUAUGCUAGAAUGAUAAUUGAAAAACCAAAAGAAUCAAUAGCAUUUUUAACUUCUUGGAGUAUUGAUAAUAGAAUGGCACUAAAAGUUUUAAUUGAUAAAUGGUUAUUAUAAUAACCUUUGUUUAGAGGAAAAGGAACUAAAAAUGCCACUUUUUCUGCUCUAAUGAAAUUAUUUUUAGUUAAAGAUAAAACUCUAGAAAAUUUAUUAGUUAUUGGAUAUAAUCCUAGUCAUUAGAAUAUUAAUAGUGGUAAUUAUUAAUAAUAAAUUAUAAGAUGUAUAUGCACCAUUUAAAAUUCUAUCUUUACUUAUUCGUUGUCUUGAUAAUGAAAUCGUACCUUAAAAAUAAGAUAAUAUUUAAUAAUAAGAAGAUGAUCGAUUAGAAGUUGACAAUGAUGAAGAUGAUUAUAAUGAUAAAAAAAAUCAAGAUUAAGUUGAUGUAGAUUUAGAAAAAAUUAAAGAUGAUGAAGAUCAAGAUAUUGCAGAUAGAUUUGCUGUAUUAUUACAAUUUCUAUUAUUUAGUUAUUAGAUCCAAAAGAAAAAAAAGAUAAAGGAUUAGCAGAUUUAGAAACAGGAUCAACUUUGUAUAUGAGUGAAUUCUUAGAUUUUAACCAAGAAGUAGGAGAAGAAUGCGAUGAAACAACUGAAGAAGAUUUAACUUAUUUGAAAGAUCCAUGUUUAAAUAUAAAUCUUGUGGUAACUCCUAUAUAUUUAUAUGUUAAAGGAUUCUCUUAAAGAAUUUUUCACAAAUUUAUUAAAAAAUGACCAAGAAUAUUUCAGGUUUUGCUUACGCCAUCUUCUCAAGGAGGACAUACUCUUAUUAUAGAAGCAUAUAAAACUAAACUUCUGA